AUGAUUUUUGAAAUUGACGAAUCUUUCCAUAGUGAAGAAGAGACUUGCUCUUGCAGUAUUAAUUGUAGAAUCCUCCAUAUAAGGGGAUUGAAAUUCGAAGUAGAUAUUGUCAAAGUGCUAAGGAGUAUUGAUGCUAAAGUAAUCCAUAGAGUUAAGAAAUUGAAAACACAUCAUAGCCACCGUUGCUCAGUUAUUGAUGAGUUGCUUGGAGUACUUACUAGAACCAAGCAACCAAAAGAAACUAUUAGUAUUGUAGUAGGCCCGACUAUGGGUAAUUUUACACCUAGCACAAUAACUACAGUACUAGAAAUCGCAAAACUACCAGAGCUAUCAGAACUAUUGAAACCAUUGGAACAACUACCUACAUAUCCUAUCAUUGUGACAGAUGUAGACCGAUUGCCCAAAUAUUUGAUCAAUGUG